GUAUUUUAAAAGCUGAAGUUGAAUUUCCUCCCAUUUUUUUUUUUGUGGAACCUAUGAAAACAUUUUGAUCAACUUAAAAUGUAAGAAUCCUUGAAGAAACCGUGAAACAGGAGGUGAAAGUCAUGUUUAAAAACAAAACAAAACGGGAUUUAAACUCAUCCCAAUGGAAUUGCGGUAGACAGGGAGGUUUAAGUCAAAAAAACAAAAAAAACAACCAAAAAACAAAUUGAGGUAAAUAAUAUAAAAUGACAAUAUUGGGUUCAUAAAAGAGGUCAAAGUAACCAACCUCUUUUACUCGAACUGACAAGAAGAACAAAAACAAACAGAUUUACCUAAAUGAGACAAAUGGGAAACUUAAAUACUGGCUGAUCAGCCCACACAAACACAAAGAGGGGGGAACACACACAAACUGAACUGAACGAAUAGCGUAAGAAAAUCCCAUUUCUCCUUCUCAUUGUUUUGGUACGAACCAGUCCUUGUCCUGUCCUUGCUCUGCCCCUUUUCCACCUCUUCGAUUCCCCCUGAUGGAUUGGAGCAGAUGGCACGGAGGUAACAAAAAAAAAAAAAAAAACAGGGAUUAAAUCAAGUCAUAGCAGAGUGUGACGGAUCAGGGAAGAAGUUGUGGAGAAGAUAAUGUUGGGUUAAAAAAACAAUAUUCCAGCCAUCGUGCUCCACAUGAGCAUUUUGAGCAAGGAGAGCAUCACUCAGAAAAAGAAAAGAAAAAAACACCUACAGGGUCCACAGUGGAACAGUCUGUCGCCCUGAAAAGUCCAACAGAAGAAGACGGGACAUCUCGUCACCACCGAGCCCACCGGUGGGCCCUGCGUGGACGGCUCCUCCUCUGCAGGGCCCAAGCCAAUUAAAAUUCUUGAAAUUGUCUGAAAUCUUAGGGAGAGAAGAAUGCAGUGCAGUCCUAGCAAACGAGCAAGUCGAGUCCCCUCUGACUGGACAAGCAUAAAGACCAUAUGAAACAUGUGAAUUUGUGAACCGUGUGGUAGCUUGUAAUCCACCAGUGCUCCCAGCAGCAGCAGCAGGUGGCUCAGCCCAGUCCAGGUGGCAGCCAGGAGCUUAACACCGGCUGCUGGAGCCCUGAAGGACGGACGGACGGACAGACACCAGGCCCCGGUCAUGGCAUUCCUCCCCCGCCUCCCCUCCUCCACGUGCCCCCCUUGCUGUGGGUGGAGGGGCCUGGGGGCAUAGCGACCAGCGCAGCUAUUUUGAAAGUGACCCCCUCAUUCAGGCAGCGACUCUGCAGCUGUCAGGAACCAUGACUGAAGAUGACGGAUUCUGUUGUCGUGGAGGGAUACGCCAGACUCAGAGAUGGGAAAAAGUGGAGGACUAGGUGGCUCGUGUUUCGUAAGCCGUCGCCUGUAGCAGACUGCCUCGUUUUAGUGGUUUUCAAAGACAAAUCAGACAAACUCCAGAGCAACAAGGAGAGGGCGAGCGUCACCUUGGAGGAGAUCUGCGGCCUGGAGGCUGGACAGUGGUAUGAAGGCGUGGCGUUUACUCUGACCGUCCUCUGCCUGAACCAGGUCGCGCUGCUGGGCUUUGACAGCAGGGAGGCCCUGCAGGCGUGGGAGCUCCGCCUGCGCUACGGCCUCGGAGAGGUUCACAGAUUCGGCGUCGGGGUUUUACCAGGGACCAAGCUGGAGAGCGGACCUGCCACUCUCCACCUGUGCAACAACCUUCUGGCCCUCGUCCGGGACUUUCCUCCCGUCAUCAUCGGCCACUGGAACCUGCCAGACCUGCGCAGAUACGGACCGGUGCCGAAUGGAUUCGUGUUUGAAGGGGGAACAAGAUGUGGAUACUGGGCUGGUGUUUUUCUUCUGGCGUCUGCAGAGGGCGAGCAGAUCAGCUUUCUGUUCGACUGCAUUGUUCGAGGCAUCUGCCCCAGCAGAGGUCCAUUCGGACUGCGGCCCGUUUUGCCAGAACUCAACUCAGGCCAAACAAAUUCAGAGGAGAAGCUGAACCUGGAGACCCAGGAGCUGGAGAAGCGACUGAGCAUGCUCUCUCAUGGGAGCAGCACAGCAGUCUCAUCCACGUGCUUCCCAUCUGCCGGGGGAGACGACCGCAGCAUAUCUGGCUCCUCCGACGCGUCCGACACCAGCCAGUCAGACUGCAGCAUCGGCAGCAGGCUGACCAUUUGGACCGAACCCGCCUCAAACGCCACCGGAAGCGCCUGCCACGCUGGCGCCAAGGCGGCGCUGCAGACUGCAGAGAAGCUGUCAGCUGGCCAGGAAGGCGGCGGCCGACCUUCGGCCAAGCCGCCCCGGCAGCUCCAGGACAUCGGCCGUCAGAGCUCUUCGGACAGCGGCAUCGCCACCGGCAGCCACUCGUCCUACUCUGGGAGCUUCUCCUCGUACACGGGCAGCUUGGACAUCGCCCCUGGGGAGGACUUUGGCUCCGUGUUCAGCUUACCCCCACAGCUGGCUCAAGAGCUAAGCCCUUGCAGUUGCCCCACUGCUCUUGGACAGGAGUACCAGGUGCCAACGUCGCUUGUUGGGCAUCUUUACGACUCUCCCAGGAGAGUGUUGCAUGAAGCGAGUGGGGGCGACAAAGACUGUGAGCCCUUUAAAUCACCUGAAGACCACCCCGUUCCUUCAGACUGCCCAGCGGAGUCCGACUUGGGGGGCGCAGGCGGAGCGGCAACAGCUGAGGUUCAGUCAGAGGCGACAGACGGACAGUCAGAUCCUGCACACGCACAGGGCCCUUCAAGUGACAGCGGGAAAACAAAGGCGCUGCCCUCUAGUGGCUCCUCUCACAGCUGCGGCUCCCUCUCUGCCUCCAAAACCGUAGUGGCCGUCUGCUCAGUGUGUGGUGGGUUCAAGGGUAACCCCUACAUCCAAAUGAGUUCUUCAGGAAUACCAACCUUACCUGCGAAGAACACUCUGGACACGUCCCGGGCCUCCGCCGGAUGCGCGACGGAGCCGCCAAGAGUGCAGCCGGGCGGUGAUGAGUCGCCGCCGCCAAAGAGAGGAGAGAGAAAAAUAGCCGACCUCUUAUCUGAUCCGCUCAGCUUCCCGAGUGCGGGCGGCCGGCCGCACACGGCGAACCCGUACGAGUCGAUGAGCCCCGCUCCGGCAAAUGAGCUCAUUCUGGCACAGGCUGCGCCGCCGCGGGGCUCCCAGCAGGACAAAGGAGCUGUCGUUUAUGAAAACUGUUUGAAGUGUCGAGGAGAGCUCUGCCAACCUCCGCUGCAGGUCGCGCCCGCUAAAAUGCCCCGCAGCAGGGGCGUCCGUGGUUGUCAGAGCUUCCCGACUGGACCGUGCCUGAAGAAAAGCCAGGGCAGUGACAGAAUUGCUGAUGAGGAGCUGCUUCACAAACUCCUCAGGGGUGUUGAAGAGCGGCGUCGGCCGGAAGAUGUAAAUGACUCGACAGGAAGUGGAGAGAAAAAGCUUGACGGUAAAGAAGAACGACGCAGAGCUGAUCCUGCUUAUGAGGUCAUGGAGAGUCGGAUGCCGGAGAAACACCCCGAGGUUGAAGAGAAGAGCAAAUACGAGCUGAUGGGCAGCUACGGCCAGCAGAGGCUCCUCCAAGAGGCUGAAGGGGCAGCGUUUGUUUUCCCUCCGGAGGCUGCGCUUCCCGAGAGGCCCCGGAGCGAAAGCGUCACGUACGUGAAUAUUCCCGUCAGCCCGACGUCUAAGAAACAACUCAACUACAUGGAGCUGGAGCUGCAGGAGCCGGGCCACAGCGCCAGAGGGACCGUCGCACAUCUGCCGUCUCAGAGAAAGAGCUCCACCAGGUAUGCUCAGAUCGACAUCACCGCGACGGAGAUGGCCCACAGAGUCGGCGCGCAGCACGCCCUGGGCAGGCAGGAGGGUCUGCACAGCCUGGAGCUGAGGAGGAAGGGAACGCCGCACUGACCCCCCAGCGCUUUGGAUUCGCCGCGUCGGACUGCAUCCGCCGGAGAUGUGAAGAACUUGAUGGGAGCGUUUUUGUUUUCUGUUCUCUUUACAGUUUCUAAGCACAGACCGGGUUCACGCAUGCUGGAAUCCACGAACAUGUCGUGCUCACGUUGUUAGGGCGGCAGGCCUUUGCUUCUGUAAUCAAGGAGCCGCGAUAAACGCGGCUGUGCGGUUUUGCAUGAAGCCAGGCGCGACGUUUCCACCUCGUCCUCUCAGAGAGUCGGUUGCAUCACUAAAUGGCGCUGCGCCAACUAAAAGGAGAAGAGCACUGACCCAGAGAUGAGUCACGGCCCAAAUGCCUCCCCCUCGCUCAGCUGCAUCCCAGCGCCAUCUUGGACCGUCCCACAUUUUUUUUUUUUUUUUAUCAUCAUCGUUUGGGAAAAACAACAGAGAUGAAGCAAGAGGUGAUUAUUCCAUGAGGUAGUUAUUAAUUGCGCUGUGCUAAGCUGCUCGGAUUUGGCCUAAAGCCGUCCAUCCAGUCUUACUCAGAGCGCUGAGCAGGAGAAAGUAAAUGACGAGUUGCGGUGAGGAUCUGUAAUUGUUCCACGUUUCUCCGCUGCGCCUGCUGACCUGCGUUGGCCUGCUGUGACUAACAGAUGCUGUUUAUUGUUUGAACAGAACCCGAGUGCUGCUUUCGUUGUUUCCUCCGUAGGGAUUUACUGUGGGAAACUAUUUAUGACUUCUGCAUAGACGAGAGAAAGCAAUGUUUGGAGAUUUUCUUUAGAGAUGUUUAAAUAACAGCAAUGUUUGUUUUGUGUCCUUUUAAUUUUUCCUCGUUUCUUGUGCGGUACAUCGGUAGACCUCGGCAGAGUGUCGUUUCCGUCUCGUAUUCUGCUGCGUUUCACCCGCGGUUGACUUCAAGAAGACGUUUAUUUAAUUUUAUACACAAGUUAAGAAUGUAUAAUUAGUGCUUUCUAGGUAAAAAUUUUCUUUUUUUAGUAAGUUAUUUAUUACUACAACUUUUGUGUGUUUUUUCAGUGUUUACAGUUGCGGUGAAAAAUUUCCAUGCACCCAUUAGGGGCCUUCAUUCAUGUUUUAUAUUUUUAAUGGUUGAUUUGAUGAUAAUGCACCAGUACCACUAAUGGCACAGCAUGCCUCCGCCCCCACCAUGCUUUAUAGCUGGUGCAGCAUUGUUGGGUGUGAAAAUCUCACCCCGACUCAUCCAAGCUCACCUGUUAACACCGAGACCAAAUCCUUUGAGUGUCGCAUUUCUCUCCAGAAGUAACUGAUCUCGUUCAUGUAGGCGGCUGCACGUUUUAGUCUUUCCUGAAGGUGUAAAUUUUGGAGCAUCAGCUUCUUUUUCUGGUUGGUACUUUCUGGGCAGAGACACAUUUGAUCCUGUAUUUUCUACUUCUUUGCAGCCUUGUGGCACGUUCCUGAAUUCACUAAUCUCCUUCCAUCCGAGCGUGUUGUUUUUGUCUUCGUCCAAGCUUUCCUGGAAGUCAGUAAAAUAAUCUUUAACUGGAUAAAAAAUAAAUAUUUGGUCUGUGCACAAGGUUCAUAAUGUUCAUGCUCUAUACCAGACCAGAACUAUACAGUCAAACUCCAGUCAGAUUCAGUGUCUAUUCUUUGAGAAGACAUUAAUAGAGUAGCUCUAUUGAGAAACCACAAAGCCACAUUAAUAAGUCUACAUACUUUAAAGAGUGCUAAGUACUGAUUUUCCCGGCUGUUUUUCUGGAAAUGCUCCCCCCAAAAAAGCACCAAUCACCGCACAUUGUCAACAUGUAAUAAAAAUAGAUUUACGGUAAUCCUGAACUCUUUCAUCAAAAACACUUCGUAUAAGUCAAAAUGUAAAGAUGAACUCGCAUGUCUGACAGGGACAUUGUAGUUUUCAUUGUAAUUUCUCUGCAGAAAAUGUUUUCAUCUGAAACGUCCGAGUAUGAAACAUGCAAGAUGUGCUGGAAUACGAAAUAUGCUUUUUCAAAAGGACAGACAAAAGCCAGAGUUUCAGAUUUAUUGCUUUCCGACGAUCAAUGUUGUAAGAGGUUAGUGUCUUCUGUCUCUGGUUUUACCUUCCUCGACUAACAUGUAUUUUUAUUGGUGGUUGAUUAUUGCAGUUUGAUAAUCAUGUAAUGCAGUAAGAACGAAAACCGAAUCACACUCAUUUCCAAAAAAAUGUCAAUUGUAAAUAAAAUGGGAUGAAUAGUA